AUGAAGGACUACGAGUAUCAGCCCCUCGGCCCUGGCGAGAUCCGCCUCCUCCGCCUCGAGGCCGCCCGCCCGGACCAGCCCCUGUCGGGCAGCAUCCUCCACCACCGGCUGCGCAACCCCGUCUACCACCCCCGGGCUGAGGACGACGGCGGCGGCUAUCUCGAGCACGCGCUCGCCUACGAGGCCAUCUCGUACCACUGGGGCUCCGACCAACGGACGCCCUUCCACGUCGUCAUCGACAAUGGCUCCGUCAUCCGCAUCACGGCCUCGCUGCACACGGUCCUGCGCCGCCUCGCCCUGCCCGACGGCCCGCGCGUGCUCUGGGCCGACGCCAUCUGCAUCAACCAGGUCACCUCGGCCGACAACCGCGAAAAGGGCGAGCAGAUCCAGCUGAUGCCCGACAUCUACCGCAUCGCCUCGCGCGUCCAGGUCUACCUCGGCCCCGAGGCCGACGACCUCGCCCUCGCCCUCGACUUCAUCCGCUCCAUCGCCGACUACUCCGAGUACCUCGACGCCUCGCAGCACGACGACGGCGAGACCGCCACCGCCCUCGCCCAGCAGCGCGGCUUCGUCCUGCCCCCCGUCGGCGACCCGCGGUGGACGGCCCUCCGCGCCUUUCUGCGUCGCCCCUGGUUUCGCCGCGUUUGGAUCAUCCAGGAGUUUGUCUACGCGACCGACGUCGCCGUCACCUGUGGCGACCACGACGUCGACUGGCAUCUCCUGUGGCUCUGUGCCAAGGCAUAUGCCGACAACCGACAGCUCAUCUACACCGGAUACUCCCCGGACCUCUUCGGCACCCGCCGCCUCGACCUCUUCCGAGAGGCCCAUGAAGGCGCUCGCGGCAUGCUCGUCGUCACCGACCUGCGCAUGCGCGCCUGGGGCUACAUGACACCCGCCUACAUGAUCCUCAGCCUCAACGAGAAGCGCGACAAGGAAAACUUUUCCGGCUUGUCCAUCCGCAAGGACCUCAACACCAUCAAGGACUACGAGCGGUUCGCCAGGGCGAAGCUGCUCCACGACCGCGCCGAGGGCGAGACGUUUCCCUUUGGCCGGCCCGACAUGCUGCAGCUGCUGCGCCGCACCAGCAACUUUCUCGCCACGCAGCCCGUCGACAGGCUGUACGCCCUGCUCGGCCUCACAGGCACCGACCACAUCAAGCCCGUGUACUCGGAGCAGCAGACGCUCAACGUCGUCGCCACCAAGUUUGCCGCCCACUUCAUAACGAAGGGGUCCAUGUCCGAGGUGCUGUCUACGGCGGGCAUCAGGUCCGCCACGCCAUCCCCCAACGACCCGCCGUCUUGGGUGCCCAACUGGACCAAGAUGACGUACUCGCAGGACAUGCAGAUCGGCUUCAACCGGCUGGCGGACAUCCAGGACGAGAAGAACGCAGAUAGGGACAAGGGCGAGGAGAAGCCGGCCGAGGGGGGCGAGACGACGAGCGACGAAGCACGGACCAAGGACAUCGACCGGCUAUACUCGGCGUCGGGCGACCUGCCGCAGUCCUUCCACAUCAACGAAAUCGAGGCAUCGCUCACCGUCAAGGUCACCCCCAUUGAUCGCGUCGUCCUCGUCCUGCCGGGCAAGCUGUGCCUCGGCAUACCGAUGUACCUGGGAAUGACACAGAAGCUCGGCCCGGUGUAUCCCAACGGCCAGCCCAUCGAGGAGGCCUUCUGGCGGACGCUAAUCGGCAACCGUACCUGGAACGGCUUGCCGGUGCCGGACCGAUAUGCCGUGCAGUACGAGAACCUCAAGCGGCACGAGACGAACCUCCUCACGCGGGCGAUGCUGCUUCUCGCAAUCGCGGCUUUGAUUGCGCUGCCGUUUGUGACUAUCGCUAUCCGCUGCAUACCAUUCGCCGGCCACGUCGGCCUCGUAACGGCCGCCGUGGCCUGGAAGGUGUCCACGGUCUCCGGCGUCGUCCUGCCCGGCAUCGUGUAUCUCAUCCUCCUGCCCCUGUUUCGUUGGCUCUGGGUCACUGCGCUGGUGCCCUUGCUGGUCGUGAUCGCCUGGUACCUGAUGGUCAAGGUAUACCCGCUCCUGUUCCUCGACGCGCUCAAGUACUUGGGCGUCACCACGGCCGCCAGCAUCGGAUCGGUGCCCCAGGACUGCACCGAGUACCUGUCGAGCUUCAUGGUGAUGGGCAACCGACACAACCUGGCCUUCACCGAGAGCCGACUCAUGGGGCUGCUGCCGCUGCUGACCAAGGAGGGCGACAUUGUGGCCAUUGUGCACGGGUGCCACGCGCCGUUUGUGAUGCGGCCGACGCGGCGCCAGGGAUACUUUAAGCUCGUGGGCGAGUGCUACGUGCACGGGGUCAUGAACGGCGAGCUGGCGGCGAGCGAGUCGAUCGACAUUGCCCUGUGUUAG